AUGUAACGCAAAACGAGCGGACUGCGCCUGUGUAUUUAUGACUCUCUGUCUGUGUUUUAAUGUAUUAUAGAAUGUGUGUGCGCGUGCGUGGAUAUGAAAUAAAUGAACAGCAAUUAAUAACAUAUUCAGAGAAAAAGCAUAUUUCCUAAUGAACAGCAAAGUUAAGUAGCACAUGUGUGUUUGUUUUGACCUAUACGGUAACCGACAUCUUAUCACAACCUCGUAUCAGCUGUAACUAUAACUCUUUGUGUAGGAUAAUACAACAAGGAAGGACAAGAACGACAGGGCUGAUGGCGGAGUACACGGCGGUGAAGUUACUCGGAAAGGGAGGGUUUGGUGUCGUGUAUCUCAUCAAGGACACGAAGUCGGAUGAAGUGCUUGCACUGAAGACUGUGGACCUAGACAAGGCCAGCGAUGACGAGAAGGCAUUCGCCGAGAAAGAGGCUAAGCUAAUGAGAGGUCUCAAACACAGUCACGUGGUGCAGUAUGUGCACUCGUACUUUAAAGGGACUACACUUUUCAUCUUCGCGGAAUUCUGCGAUGGUGGGGAUCUGAAGCAGUUUCUCAACGACUCUGUCUCCAGGAUACCCGAGGACCUGGUCGUGUGUUGGAUGACGCAGGUCCUGUCUGCUCUUGAGUACUUGCAUGCCAGAAAUAUUCUACAUCGGGAUCUGAAGCCUCACAAUAUUUUCCUGACAAGACAGGCUCAUGCUAAACUCGGGGAUCUUGGCAUCGCUCGGGUAUUGGCUCAGCCAGCGGACAUGGCCUCCACUGUGAUAGGAACUCCAUGCUACAUGAGCCCCGAGAUCUUGAUGCAGAAGGGCUAUAAUCAAAAGGCCGACAUAUGGAGCUUGGGCUGUGUUCUGUUUGAAAUCACGUCCGGGAGGAAAGCGUUUGAUGAGGUAUCUCCUCUUCUCCUCGUCUACACGGUGUUGGCAGUUGGCAUUCCUCCCAUCGACACGUUGUACAGCAAGAAUCUGAGAAUUGCAGGUUCAAAAAUGGUUGACAAAAGGCAGGAGAAGAGGCCAAGUACAUCCGAGCUCCUAAGCUGCAGUCCUUUCAGCGACUUCAUCAAAAACCCAAAAGAACCCCUCUCUAUCAUGAAGGAAACGGGUUUCGUGACCAAAUGGGGGACAGACCAGUCAGUGUCAAAUAUACAAAAGUUAAUUGAAAGUUUAUUCCUGGUUAUUUCUCCAUUGGGGAAAAUUACCAUAUCCAAAGAUUCUUUGGCGAAUUACCGGAAGCGGAAACAGAAAGAAAGCCAUGUUCAACCCGAUGCAGUAGACGCGGAUGCUUCUUCGGCGGUAUCAGCACCACCUCCGGUGGCUGUCAAUCAAGACAAAUGGGACAAUUACCACGUGAAGAUGCCGUGCUCUCCACGCAAUGAAUAUUUUGACGACGACAAGGGAGGUUCAUCAUCAUUCAGAAGACGAUGGGAUUUGAUACACGAAACAUUAAACAAGUCCUUCGCAGGCAUAGACGAUCUUGAGAAAGCCAUCAACAUCAUCAACAAGGCAAAUGCUGUGAGAUCGAGGUUUACGUCACUCAGACACUUUUUGACAGAUUGUAUUACUGAAAAAGAUCUUGAUGAAUUUCUGACCACGACAUUGCCGAACAUUAGAGAUCUAGCUUUGGCGCUUCCUACUCUCUUCCACGAGCCAAUACCCUUGUUAAAACAAGGGAGUAAGAAGAGCAUCACCUUGACUCAGCAUCAAGUUGCCUGUCUAUUGGCUAAUGCCUUCUUCUGUACAUUUCCACGGAGGAACUCCCAAGAACCACAGAAGGAAUUUUGCAAUUACCCAGACAUUAACUUCAACAGACUGUUCCAAGAUCAAAGCAAACGGAGGGAUGAGAAAAUUAGAUGCAUCCUGCACUACUUCAUGCGAGUCACACAGCAAAUGCCUCAGGGCAAAGUGACAUAUCGCCGUCAAGUGAUUGACAGGUUCCCGAAGUGGGAGGAGCUACAGACAGGACUGUCUAAACUGACCUCGUCAUCAGACGGCACAAUAGAGGACAGCGGGCAAGGAAUGCUUCAGGUUCUGUUUGCCAAUACCCACAUCGGGGGUUCGUUAUAUAAGUCCUUUGUGGGUCAGCAACAAGCUCGACUCUUCAUGUGCCCCGAGAUGAUCAUUGCGCGUCUCUUCACAGAAUCCCUGGGGGAGGACGAGUGUCUCUUUAUGACAGGCUGCGAGGUAUUCAGUAUGUGCGCUGGUUUGGGGGACACAUUCACGUGGCUUGGAGAUCGACAAGACAUGACGACAAGAGACGAGGACGGGCAUCGUCAGACUCAAAUCGUAGCUAUUGACCCUCUCCACAUCAAGAACUACAAAGCCCAGUUCAAGAAGGACUGUUUGAUUCGGGAGCUCAAUAAGGCCUAUACUGGAUUCUUUAAUGGCGAUGUCCCCCCUGCCCAACUGCCGUGGGUGGUGACGGGCAACUGGGGAUGCGGGGCAUCAGGUGGAGACAAAAGACUGAAAGCUUUAAUACAAAUGCUAGCAGCAUCAGCAGCACAGAGACACUUGUCAUUCAUGACAGCAGGGGACGAUGAAUUCAGAGACGAGCUGUUGGAGAUACACAGAUAUCUGUCGGACCGUGACUUCACUGUUGGACAAAUUUUUCAACUCAUCCACGGCUAUCACCAAGAGAUCAUCCACCAGAAAAUAUUUCGGCCUAGAAGAAAUGUGUUUCAGUUCAUUAUGUCUUCUAAAGACUAGUUAUAUAGCAGUGGAUUCCAUAAUGAGGGCUUUUGAAGGCUUCCUGUAACACCUUGUCUGGACUGAUGAAUAUUCACACGGGUUUUCCAUGAAGGCAUGUGCCUGCUGCUGAAGAUGUCCACGCGGGUGUUUUUUUUGGACAGAUGAUGUUCACACUAAGACCACACACACAAAGUGUUUCUCAUCAAUUCCCGAUUUUUGAAAUAGCAAGGUUAAAAUAGUUCGUUGUUCUAUUUUUAUGGCCACAUUAGUGUGUACACGGUCUCGUGUUCAAACAGCCAAUGGAAGAAGACACCAGAUAAGAAGAGACAUUGUUUAAUUCCAAGAAGGAAAGGGUGGAAUAUAAUGUUUUCAUCAUGGCGAUCACACAGUAAGGGAAAGAUAACUCUAACUGAAGACUCUAAUUUAAAAUGACGAAACCGGGAAAAAACGCAUCGACCAGCUGGGUUCAACAUGACCCGGACGGAGAUGAGAAACAUUUUUUUGGUUUUGUGUUAGUUUUGGUCUUACGCCUUGUAAUUGGAAUUUACAGUUGGGGCGUUUUAAUCAGGCUCCGUCCCUUUUCACAAUGACAGAUGUCUAAAGGAGUCAAACCUAUUUACAGCCAACAUGGGACCCAUUCAGCGUUGAUAUUAUUAAAGUUCUGAUAAAAUGUCAUGGUGGAUUAGAUUUCGGCCUUGACUGAUUUGGAUGAAAUGUAACUUGGUUUCCUACUCACAAGAAAGGAAACAUGACGGUGACGAUUUGAAUUGCUCACAAUCAUUCAUUUAUGGACUGAUAUAUGUAUUUGAAAUAGCUUGUAUAUAGUAAUAAAGUCAAGUCCCGUUAAUCCGACAUGUUUGGUUGCAGAUGAUUAUGUCGGAUAAGUAGUAUCACCGUUCGUAAUUGAAAAUCGGACAACUACACGAUGGAUAACGAUCACUAUUAUUAUUGAGUGAUUUUGGUAAUUCGUUGCGAAUUAGGUGUGUCGGAGUAGGAGUGCAAGACUGCCGGAUUAACGGGUCUAAAUAUCACUGAUUUAAUCCGUUCCCAUCAUUAGUGUCGGAUAAAGCCGAUUGUCGGAUUAACGAGUGUCGGAUUAACGAGACUUGACUGGAUGUGUGAGUGAGUGUCCUUGCAGUCAUCCUCUCGUUUGCCUUAUCCAAACUCGGGUAUAUGCAGAAAGUCGUGACAUUACUGGACUAUUGCUGAUUGUGGGGAAAAUCAGCAUUCAGUAACUCACUAUAAGAUUCCUUGUUGAAAAAUCGAACUAUAAUUUAUCGAUAUCCGUAGAUGCUGUACAGCUGCAAGAUUUCACGUGAUGGCUAGUAACCAAUCUGGAUUCUUUGUCCACGCCCAGCCCAGCUGUUCCCUGUCCUGU